CAGCCACGUUCAUGUACGUUCCCAGUUCAGUGCCCUCGGUAUGCACGACGGGGAGGGCCGCCUCCUCCGCCACGGUGCGGCGCCAGGAUCGCAUCAAGCUGGACCGCUUCAAGCAGUACCUGGAGCGGCUCAAGCGGUCCGUCAGCCUAAUCGACAACCGGUCGCCCCGUAUACCAUCCAAGCAGCUCGCCGGAUUCGACGCCCUGCCCAGGACCGCACGCACCUUCCUGGACCGAACCAACCAGAACGUUCAGAUGCUCCUCAAUCUGUCCCGGAUCAAGCGCAGCUUUGGAACCAUUGGCAUGGAUUCGGGCCCCUCAAUAGCCUCCCGCUCGGCCAUGUCCCAGAUGCAGCGCCGGGUGGAGGAGGUGGAGCGGGAGAACCUUCAGCUGGGGCGACGUCUUCUGAACAUCCAGCAGCAGCAGCGUAUGGAUUGGGACCGCCAUGUGCCCAGCAGCACCUCCCAGGCAGCCGAAUAUGGGAGCCGAAUAUUUUCCAACCAGCACUGCAACAUGGAUCGAUCUGCCAAGCCGCUCCUGUCCCUGCCGGACCUGAGCAAGAUCAUCGAUAAGUACGUUGGAUGGGACCUCACGAUGCCCUCCGACAGUUAUGAGCUGACUCGACUCCUGCGACCUCGGAUCAGCCUGCACUUCGGAAUGAUUGACGGCAGACCUCUGGGUCAGGUGGUGGUGCAGCUAUACACGGAAGCUGCGCCGCUGGUGGUGCUGCAGUUCGUCCGCACCUGCUUGGACCACCGUUCGCACGAGUUCUCCGUACGUAGGAUCUUUCCGAACCUUUGGAUGGAGGGCUACCUGCUGAUGGCCGCCAAUAACGACCCGCCCCACCCUGACGAUCCACCGCUGCUCAGUAACCCUAUGGAGUUCGACUCUCGAGUGGUGAGCCACGCCCAGCACGGCUUCGUUCUGUCCUGCGCUAAGGAGUACUGCGUCCACGGCUUUCCCGGCGCCGCCGUCAACUUCAGCAUCAGCUUCAAGCCUCUCAGGGUGGCCAGAGGUCUGAGGGUUGGCUUCGGACGAGUGGUGCGUGGCGACAAGGUCAUCGAGUGCAUGCAGACGCAGGGAACCAAGAACGGCAAGAUCAUCAAACCCCUGGUCAUCACCCACUGCGACGUACUUUAGAGAGUUGUAUCCGUAAGCCUGGUCACACUUUUUUAAGUAGGAAGUUUGUGUGACCCACUUUUCAUUUGCGAGCCUGGUCACACUGAUUGUGAAACAAAAAUUAGUGUGACCACACUCGCAUAUGAAAAAUACCGUAAAUACGGGCACACUAUUUUAGUUUUUAAGUAUU